UUUUUCAGGAAAUUUGGAGAGCGACCUCAACCGAAACGACUCACCAGGGAAGCAAUGCGAAAUUACCUAAAGGAGCGAGGUGAUCAAACAGUGCUAAUACUCCAUGCAAAAGUUGCGCAGAAAUCGUAUGGAAAUGAAAAAAGGUUCUUUUGUCCUCCUCCAUGUGUGUAUCUUAUGGGCAGUGGAUGGAAGAAAAAAAAAGAGCAAAUGGAGCGGGAUGGUUGCACUGAGCAAGAGUCACAACCUUGCGCCUUCAUUGGAAUAGGAAACAGUGACCAAGAAAUGCAACAGCUGAACUUGGAAGGAAAGAAUUAUUGCACUGCCAAAACAUUAUACAUAUCAGACUCAGACAAGAGAAAGCACUUCAUGUUAUCGGUAAAAAUGUUCUAUGGCAAUAGUGACGACAUCGGUGUGUUCCUCAGUAAACGGAUUAAAGUCAUCUCCAAACCUUCUAAAAAGAAACAGUCGCUGAAAAAUGCAGACUUAUGUAUUGCAUCAGGGACAAAAGUGGCACUAUUUAAUAGACUUCGAUCCCAAACAGUUAGCACCAGAUAUUUGCACGUAGAAGGUGGUAAUUUCCAUGCCAGUUCACAGCAGUGGGGAGCAUUCUACAUUCACCUCUUGGAUGAUGAUGAAUCGGAAGGAGAAGAAUUCACAGUGAGAGAUGGCUACAUUCAUUAUGGGCAGACUGUCAAACUUGUAUGCUCAGUUACUGGCAUGGCACUCCCACGACUGGUUAAUCUGCAAGCUGUCCUUAAGAAAACGUCUAUUCUAAAAACAGUAAA